AGUUAAUAAAAGUUCAGUUCACUGAAGGGGUUAGAAACUAUAGAUGUUAUUAAUCGGAUUUUCUUGUGACAGUGUGUGAAUUGUAAAUAUACAGACAUGUGGAACAUGAUGUGCGACGUUAUGCCGACAAUCUCGGAAGACAGUAUUAGCCAAAGAAGUUCACAAUUCUCUGGCGAAGAUGCAAAUUUCGAACAGCUCAUGGUGUCUAUGUUAGAUGAAAGAGACAAGUUAAUGGACAGUCUCAGAGAGACUCAGGAACGCUUAGGUGAGACUGAAAUAAAGCUCCAGGAUGUCGAGAAAGAAAGGGACUCCCUCCAUAGACAAAUAGCGGCGAAUCUUCCACAGGAAUUUGCAACGCUCACCAAAGAAUUGAAUGCUGCCCGGGAGCACCUAUUAGAACGAGAAGAAGAAAUAUCGGAACUGAAAGCUGAAAGAAAUAACACAAGACUGUUGCUGGAACACCUGGAAUGUUUGGUCUCGCGGCACGAGCGGUCCCUGAGGAUGACCGUGGUGAAACGUCAGGCGGCCGCCCAAUCAGGCGUGUCCAGCGAGGUGGAGGUCCUGAAGGCGCUCAAGAGUUUGUUCGAGCAUCACAAAGCGCUGGACGAGAAGGUCCGGGAAAGACUGAGGGUAGCUUUAGAAAGAAACACAACUUUAGAAGAAGAAUUAGCUGCAACCAAAGAAGAAUUACAACAAUAUAAACAAGGGGUGAUUCCCUCCAAUGUACCUGCUAUAGAAGAUAAACCCAAAGAAAAUGGACAGGUGGAAGUAGGGGACCAAGUAACAAAUGUUAACAAUAAGGCAACACCGAAGAUGCGUCUCACUAAUGGUGGCAUGGAAACGACUGAAACAGAUGCUGCUGCCAGGAUAGUGGAUCUACAGACAGCUCUCGAACAACAAAGCGGCGAGGUGACGACGUGGCAACGUCGCGUCGCCGACAUGCAGUCGCGCGUCGGCGAACUAGAAGAGAACCUGGCCAAAGCGCAGAAGGACCUGCUGAAGGCGCAGGACUCGAACUCGAAGCUGCAGCGCGACCUCAGAGAGAACGUGGCGCAGAAGGAGGACCAGGAGGAGCGGAUCGCCACGCUGGAGAAGCGGUAUUUGAACGCGCAGCGCGAGUCGACGUCGCUGCACGACCUGAACGAGAAGCUGGAGCAGGAGUUGCAGCACAAAGAGGCUCAAAUUAAGCUGCACGAAGAAAAAAUAGCCGCCAUUCAGGAGAAGCUGGAACUGGCGGAGCAGAAGCUUGCUCAGUACUCGAAGCUACCCGAGAUCGAGGAGCAGCUGAAGCAACGUAUGGAGGCGCUGACACAGGCUCAAGAAAGACAUGGUUCAGCCGAAGACCGUAUCCAACGGCUGGAGAACAAUUUGGACGAAAAGAAUGCUGAACUAGUUCGCCUUAACCAAAGACUAAAAAUGAAUGAAGACCAUAAUUCUCGCCUUUCAGCGACAGUAGAUAAACUGUUGUCAGAAUCUAAUGAUAGACUGCAAGACCACUUGAAAGAAAGGAUGCAUGCCUUGCAGGAGAAGAACAGCCUCACUCAAGAGCUUGAGAAAACAAGAAAGAUGUUGGAGGAGUUGGAUAGUCAAAAGGCUGAUAUAAUGAAGGAAUUAGCUAAAUCUAGGUUAGAAAUAGACAAUGUGAAGAGGCAGAUGCUGCAACAAGAGAUAGCUUAUAAUAUACAACAAACAGACGCCCUUACUAGGUCUCUAUCACCGAACGCGGUGGAUCCCAACAGUUUCUCCAGAAGCGCUAGCCAUUCCAGUUUCGACACGCAUUCCUUGCCGCGCAGGGUGAACAAGAGCCGGACGCCUAUCGAGGAGGAUCCCAAGAUGCAGUUCGCGUCGCGUUCGAUGGCCGAACACGAAUGGGAGAAGCUGCAGCAGGCCCACGUGCUGGCCAACGUCCAACAGGCCUUCGACGUGUCGAGCGACGCCGAAAACGACGACGCCGACAGCAUCUUCAGCACGCAGGACCUACUCUCCCCCACGGGCCACACGGACGCGCAGACGCUGGCCAUGAUGCUGCAGGAGCAGCUCGACGCCAUCAACAACGAGAUCCGGCUGAUCCAGGAGGAGAAGCAGAACACGGAGGCGCGCGCAGAAGAGCUGGAGUCGCGCGUCGGCAGCAUGGAGCACAUGAACCUGCUGGCGCGGGGCAGGAGCCUCGAGCGGCAGAGUCCUCCAGUAAGCGGUAGAUCUACGCCUAAGUCGCACCAUUCUCCUCAGAGGGAUUAUUUGCAUAAGUAUCACACGAUCCAACUGGCUCCCAUGUCUGCUGAGAUGUCCAGGGAAGAGAUGCACAUGGGCGACAGCAGUAGCGGGGGUGGAGCUUCACCAUUGACAGCCAGAUCUUUGAGGUUAGAAAGGGUCGCGCAGGCGCUGGCGCACAGUCAAGAGGAAUUGCGAAGGCAAGGGGGGCUACAGACGCACACUCCGCCAUCACCUCUCUCCUCUCGUCACAGCAGCCAGGAGAGUCUGAACAGGAAUGCGGUCAUGGGAGGCGGCGGCGUGUCCAUGAUGUCGUCGAGGGACAUGACGGCGGCGGCGGCUGCCGCUGCGGCGGCACAGAAAAAGAAGGGCAUCAAGUCGUCGUUGGGGAGGUUCUUCAGCAAAAAAGAGAAGGUGAAAGGAAAAGAAGUGACCGGACAAGAUAACAGCUUGAAUUUGAGCCAGGGCAGUAUUUGUAUGCCAGAUGGUGACAUCAAUGAUUCAAUGAGCAUAUCUGGAAAGAUUGGCCAGAAAGCUGAGUUUGAUCGAAGACAGAAGAAAAAGGAGCGCGACUACAGACACGAGCUGCUCGCCGAGGCGAUGAAGGCGGGCACACCGUUCGCCCUGUGGAACGGCCCCACCAUAGUCGCCUGGCUGGAGCUGUGGGUGGGCAUGCCGGCAUGGUACGUGGCCGCCUGCCGGGCGAACGUCAAGUCGGGCGCCAUCAUGAGCGCGCUUAGCGACACGGAGAUCCAGCGAGAGAUAGGUAUAAGCAACCCUUUACAUAGGCUGAAACUGAGGCUCGCAAUACAGGAGAUGGUGUCUCUGACGUCCCCAUCUGCUCCGAAGACAUCUAGAACGACCCUAGCAUUCGGCGAUAUGAAUCACGAAUGGAUAGGGAACUACUGGCUGCCUACCUUGGGUCUUCCUCAAUACAGAACGACGUUUAUGGAGUGUCUGGUCGAUGCGCGAAUGUUGGAUCACCUGACCAAAAAGGAUUUGAGGGGACAGUUGAAAAUGGUGGAUGGGUUUCAUAGGACAAGUUUACAAUAUGGCAUAUCAUGUUUGAAGAGGUUAAAUUACGAUAGAAAUGCUUUAGAAGAGAGGAGGAAAAACUGUGAAAAUGUACUAUCAGAUGUGCUAGUGUGGAGCAAUGACCGUCUGAUAAAAUGGGUGGUAUCGAUAGGCUUAAAGGAUUAUGGAAAUAAUUUAGAAGAAUCUGGAGUACACGGUGCUCUGAUAGCUUUGGAUGAAGGUUUUGAUCCGGACAGUAUGGCUUUAGCAUUACAGAUACCAACACAAAACACUCAGGCCAGACAAAAUUUGAAAGUAGAGUUUGGAAACCUAAUUCGUGUCGCCACAGACCGAAGGCCGCUAGACAUCCAAUCUUGAUAUGGCACGGACCUCCACUAAGGAUUUUUAAAAAAUCGACCAUGUAGUGUUCCGCUGUUCGCAUCCUAAAGGCAGCCCCACCUUCUUUCUGUCAAAAGUCAGAGAUCAUUCUGGAUAGAAAAAUGAAAGGAAUCACGAUAUGCUACGGCUAGACGACUGUGGUGUGACGUGCUGAUGAAAUUUUUCUCAGAAACCUCUGGUCACAUACUCAAACGCCAUAAAAAUAUCGUUGAAUUUUCAUUUGGAUUAGUAAGUAUUAAGGAAUACUUCUUUUCCGAAUCUAGUCAUGUUCAUAGAUAUUUAUUUUUUUGUCAGAAAAUCAAGUGUUAUCAUGAGUUUCUUUCAUGUGAAAAUGCAUUGAAAAAUUAUUUUCUUCAUUGGUAUAUCUGUUUUGGGCGGAUAAUUGGGUAUCACUCUUAGAUACAGGUCAUCCCAGCUGAGACUUGCCAGUCCAUUAAUGAGCAUCG